GCAAAAUCCUCGUGUGGUACUACUACUCACUUCUGCUGCCGAAAACGAAAACGAGACCACCGCCCUCACUUCUCCGUCGCCACUCCCGCCGCAUUCAGAUUCAAAAACCCCUAAUUCCCUCUCCAACAUGUCUCACAGCACCGCCAACCACGACGGAGAAUCCCUCUCCGCCACCUCCUCCGACGACGAUGAAGGCCUCCAAGAAGACAUGGCCGCCAUCGCUCGGGCAUGCAUGAUCACCGGCCACGACACCGCGGCCGCUGAUGAAACUCCGCCGGAAUACGACGACGACCCUCUCCUUGCUCCCGGCGACGCCUUGGUCCCUUUGGCGUCUGACUCUGAUGAUGAGCGGCGGAAUGACAUUGAGUGUCUCAAGAGAGUUCAGAGCCUCUACAAUCCUCUCCCUGAUCAUCCUCUUAGCCCUCUUCCCACCGUGUCGGACGACGACGAAGAGGAGAAUGAUGCUGAAACCCUUCGCGCCAUUUACAAAAGGUUUUCCAAUUUUGAGAGAAGUGACCAUGAAGGUGGAAAGGAAAAUUUGGCUGAGGGGAAUCAGGUCUUGAGCCGAGGCAGUGAGGGGGACAUUGCUGGUGGCUCCUGCUACAAAUCAGAUGCUGCUGAAUUAUAUCCUGAUAAUGCUGCUCAUUUGUUGACGGGUCACUUUGGAAAUGACUUUCUUGAUUGUUUGGAACCUGAUGAUGCGGGCAACUCAUCCCAAUUGCCACAGAAAAUAGCAAACUUUCCCCCGGUGGCUCUGGCUUUGAUUGAUGCCAUCAAGAAGAAUAGGGCUUAUCAGAGGUUUCUUAGAAGUAAAAUAAUUGAGAUGGAAUCGAAAAUUGAGGAAAACGAAAAAAUAAAGAACAACAUCAAACUCGUUAAGGACUUUCAGAUUUCAUGCAAUAGAAGAACAGGGAGUGCUUUAGCACUGAAAAAGGACCCUCGAGUUCAGUUAAUAUCAACAAAAAAGAGUCCUGCCCCAAAUAAAUCGAAGCAGAACAAAAAAGCAUCUCCAAUGUGUUAUGGCCCAGAGGAGAAUCCUCGAGUUGCUAAUUAUAGGAUGGUAUUGGAAAGAUUUCCGCUUUCAAUUGAUAGAAAAAGAUGGUCUAAUGUGGAAAGGGAAAACCUUUCAAAGGGAAUUAAGCAACAAUUCCAAGAAAUGGUUCUUCAAACCUCAUUAGAUAGAACAAGUUCUGACUGCUCAAAUGACAUGGAUAGUAUGAUGGCAUCUGUUAAAGAUCUUGAAAUUACACCAGCUAGGAUGAGAGAGUUUUUACCUAAAGUUAAUUGGGAUCAGUUAGCUUCCAUGUAUGUUGCUGGCCGUUCUGGCGCUGAAUGUGUAUCCAGGUGGUUAAAUUGUGAAGAUCCUUUGAUCAACCAUGCCCCAUGGACUGGUGAAGAGGACAGGUCUCUUUUGAUUAUUGUCCAAAGUAGGGGCAUUAGGAACUGGGUUGAUAUUUCUGUAUCACUGGCCACAAAAAGGACUCCGUUUCAAUGCUUGGCCCGAUAUCAAAGGAGCUUGAAUCCUUCGAUGUUAAAUAGUGAAUGGACUGAGGAAGAAGAUGCUCAACUUACUUCCGCUGUUGCAUUUUUUGGUGAAAGUGAUUGGCAGUCUGUGGCUUCUGUUUUAGAACGGCGGACUGGCACACAGUGCUCAAAUAGGUGGAAAAAAUCCCUUUGUCCUGUGAGGAGAGGGAGCUUUUCAUUAGAGGAGGAUAAGCGCUUAACGGUAGCUGUCAUGCUUUUUGGCCGGAAGUGGAAUUUGAUAGCGAAAUACAUUCCUGGACGGAUCCAAUCUCAGUGUAGGGACAGAUACCUCAAUAGUUUGGAUCCUUCUUUGAAAUGGGGCGGAUGGACUGAGGAAGAGGAUGCAAAACUAGAAGCUGCAAUUGCCAAGCAUGGAUAUUGCUGGUCUAAGAUUGCUGAAGAAGUGCCUCCCCGUACGGACUCUCAAUGCAGGAAGAGAUGGAAGGUAUUAUACCCGGAGCAAGUUCCUCUGCUUCAAGAAGCAAGAAAGAGACAAAAGACUCUUAUCAGCAAUAAUUUCGUUGAUCGGGAAUCUGAACGCCCAGCCUACCUUACUCUCAAUGACUUUCCUAUACAGAUGUUAGCUGGACCGUCUGAAGGUGGUCCUUCGAGUCAAAGGAAGCGGAACACGAAAUCAAGCGAUGUUCCUAAAAAAAGAAGGUAUAGGAAAAGUGUGAAAAAGGCUGAGGAAGGACAAGAUAGAUUCAUCACGUUCAUCAAUUUUCCAAAGAAAUUUAGAUCUACAACUCAUGCUAGAAUGCCUCGACUUUGUCUCAAGGAAGUUGAUGAUAUGAUGGCAUAUAACAAGGGCAAGAUUUGUAUUGAGAGUUCGGAAAGUGAAGAUGGAGACUUGAGUCUUGCAUCUCUUUUGCAAAAGUCAAAGAAUAGACGUGUUAAAUGUACAAAAAAUGUGAUUCAGGCUUCCACUGCUGAGCAAGAUGGUACAGAGGAAACUCAUGAUUUGUCCCUGCAGCACGAUGUUGCUUUUGAUGGAUACGUGAGCAAACCAGAAGAUGCUAAUGGUGACAAUGAUGAUAUGCCUCUUGCUUGUCUUUUGGGAGACAAAUCAAAGAAACGUCGUCAAGCUGCUAAAGGAGGUCGUGCAGGCUGUUCCAAGGUGAAAAAGGGAGUGAAGGGUAGAAGAAACAAGCCAACCAUCAUAGCUUAUGGAAGUGGAUCUUCAGUGGCAAAGCUUGUUGAAGAGGACACUGUUUUGCCUGGUGGUGUGAGUGUGAUUGAACCCCCAAACGCCGAUGUGGAAGAACAUGAUGACGAACCGCUUGCUUCCUUCCUAAAAGAUAGGAAGGUAAAGACGGGGCGGCGUCCGCGUCUAACGUGAAGUACUGGUUGGGUGGUGCACCAGCACCCCUCUUCAACACUCUUAGCUAUAUAUUUAAAUUAAUCAAUGGUCAGGAUUCAUCACAGGCAACUGGUUGAAGUGGUUUUAUAUAAAAGCCGUUCAGGCCCCGCUUGCUUGGUAUGGAUAUACAUUUUCUUAAUAGUCCUUAAGCUCUUUUAGUUUGAAUGAAAUCAUUUGUGCCUUAGUCUAUGCCCCCAUCCCAAUAGGGUCGAAAAGGGUUCCAAACAAUACCGAAUCGAUGAUCGAGGAAGAAGAGGCCAUCGUAGCAGACAAGCCACUGGAGGAAGAUUCGAUCAGCACUGCCACCGAAUCUGGUACUUAUGUUUUUUAGCGAUGUUUAUUUUUUAGCAAGAUGAUUUAGUUAUGAAACUACAGAUAUUGUAAAUAUACUGAUAUUUUGACAUCUGAUAUGAUAGUAGACGCAAACCAGUGCCAUAGCAUUUGAAUGAAGUGUAUUGAAGUUAAAACUAGUUUUAUUCUCCAUCAGAUUUAUUUAUUCUUCACCAUAAUGGUCACAAACAAGUUUAGGUAGUAUGAUAUUGUAUAUUAAACUGGUGACUUUGCUCCACUGGAAUGUUUCACCAUCCUCAAACUGUAGGGUGAGGGCACCUAUAGGAUCUAACUGAAUAGGAUCACAUAUUGGCGACACAUAGAUAUGGCUGUCAACAACGGAGGAAAGAACACCACAAGUGAAAGGCUUUUUUGUUUUAUCCAUGAAGGAAAUAAUUAAUGCAUAUUCUUUCCGUUUUGGAGUUAAUGCCUUGUGAAAAAUAAAGAGAUUGAAGCCUUCAUAAGCAGAAUGGAGGGGAGAAGACUGGUUUUGUUUCUGGCCUUCUGUCGUGGUUGUUGUCUUUCUAGCUGGUAUUGAAGCAAUUUUUUUAACAGACUUGUGAUGUAAUAUUUGGACACUUGUAGGAAUAUUGCAGGGUUAGCAAUCCAUGGAGGAAAAGGGAUGUCCAAAAGCUGUAAAUGUGUACUUUCUUUCCUUCUAAGUGGAAUAGCAGUUACUGUAGGUGUUUUAUAAAUUUCUAGAGUUGAAUUCUCUUCUCUGUAUAUUUGCAGCAUUGGUUUAGUGAUGGAGCUUUUUUCUUCAACAGUGCUUGUAAUAGCUGCGCAACUUGGUAUUGUUUGAUGAAGAUGAGGGCCAUCAUUAUUAGCGUUUGUUGACUUGAAAACUUGCAGCUGUGGUGGCGGCACAGAGGAAGAAAUGGAGUGGGUGGGGGUGUGAGGACAAAGUGUCAAGUUUGAUGAUUUUCUCUGCAGCUGGACGGACAAAAAUAUUGUUUCAGGUGUGAGAUGCGGGAGGUUUUUUGUUUGUUUUGUAGACAUGAUCAAGUUUGUUCAAAACUUAUGAUUAUGUAAAUCGGAGGGUUGAUGUGUCAUGUUAAGAACUGAUUACGGGCAGUUUGUAAAUUGAACAUGCAUAUUUUCUUCUUUGAUAGUUAUUUGAAGAUUAAAGAGAAAUCUGUGCCA